CGACAAUGUUCGUUCUGAAGAUCGAAUUUCACAAGGGCGUACAGAAGAAAGAUACGACACUCCACGUCGUCACAGAAACCGUUCUUCCGACCUUGGUUCUUCAUCCGAAGACGAGCACAAAAACAGUGUCUAUAAAAGGAAGAGGAAAGAUGAUACCAGUGACAGUGAGUUAGAUGAUCGCAGAAAUAGAAGGCAUCAGAGACAGCGGGACAAUAUCAGUUCAAACUCCAGCGAUAGCUCAAUUCCAAAAGAGGAGAUCAAACAUCCUCAAAUAUCGCUUCCUGAACAUCUUCAGAGAAAAAGGCGUAGAGGUAGAGGAAGUGAUUCAAGUACUUAUAGCAGUCAGAAUGAAAAUUGA